GUCACGUGACGCGCGUGAAUCCGGAAGCAUCAUGGCCGUGAACUUUAGUGAAGAUGAGUUUCAGCUGGCGUGGACCGAACUGGACGAGCCGCAGCUGGACGGCUGGGAGUUCUUCACCGAGACCACGGGCGUGAAAAUAUACCGACUCUAUCAUAAGGAAUCGGGUCUGUAUGAGUACAAGGUGUUUGGCUCUCUGCCUGGCUGCUCUCCAGAACUCUGUGCCGAUGUUUACAUGGAUCUCAACUACAGAAAGCAGUGGGACAGUUAUGUGAAAGAGCUACACGAGAAAGACUUCAAUGGACAGAAAGUGAUUUACUGGGAGGUGAAAUAUCCAAUUCCUCUUUCUAACAGGGAUUACGUGUACGUUCGGGAACGUCGGGAUCUGGACAUGGGCGGCCGCAAGAUCUGGGUGGUUUUAGCCAAGAGCUCAUCUGUGUCUCAAUGUCCUGAGAAGAGGGGCGUGAUCCGGGUGCAGGAUUACAAACAGAGUCUGGCCAUAGAGAACGACGGCUCCGGCGAUACCAAAGUCUUCAUGAACUACUUUGAUAAUCCGGGCGGCAUGAUUCCCACGUGGCUGGUGAACUGGGCGGCGAAGACGGGCGUCCCGGCCUUUCUCACGGACAUGAAGAAAGCCUGCUGCAACUAUUCCAGCUUCUGCAAGAAGUGAUGCAUGUCUGAAUUUCUCCUGCGCCUGUGUUCUGUUUGAGGUCAGAAGGGCAUUCUGGGGAUUGUGGGUGGAGUUACUGCUGUUUCUAUGGUGCGAAAUCUUUUAUUAGCGUUUCGUCUUAAUCUUUUUUUUAAUGCGUUCUUGAGUCGCGGAAUGAAAAGAUUUCGGGUUCCUCAGUGAUUAUUUAGAUCAUAUUGAGUGGUAUAUAAUUUAAUCAAAGCACUUUAAUCUAAAGGAUUACAUAAAGAGCGAAUAAGUGAAUGCAUAUAGUUAAGCAAUUAAAUGCACUCAGCCAACCAUUGAGAUCCUACGGCAGAGAGGCUAAAAACAAUCUGGAACCUCAGGUCACACUUACUGGAUAACAAAACACCAAAGCAAAUGUGUUUGAGAACUGUAAGAAAAGCACACGCGUUUUAGGGAAAUGAGAUAUAGGGUACAACGGGCUAAAGGCGCCUUUUUAUAUUAUUUUCGAACAAACCACUAGAUGGCAUAAAAACCCAAAUGUAUCGCUUGUCCAUACUUGUCCAUAGAUGCAAUCUGGACAGAAAGAAGAUUCUGAGGUAAAUUGAUCUAAAAUUUUAUGUUACAUUUUUUUUAAACAAAUUAGAAUUGUUGAAAUCCUCAAAUAUAUUUUUAGAGUAGCAUCUCUCGUUUUUCUUGGCAGUUAAGUACCAUUAAUGUUAAAUAAGUAAAAGGAUGGCAUUUGGGGUAAAAAGCACCGGUUAUUUGGGCUAGAGUUGUUUACUUGUGAAAUAUGCCUAAACUAACCAUUAUAGACUGAAAUGUCCCACGUUUUCUUAAAUAAUUUAAAUGUAAAUAUAUUUUUUUAAAUUGCAAAAAUUACUGCUAAAAUUAACAUAUAUAUAUAUUACUGUAAAAUAAUCCUGUAAAAAAACGGAUAAAGUACUGGCAGAAAAUUACCAGUACAUUUUCCCUUUAUUUUACCGACAUUUCCGUUGAUGCUGAAAUGUAAUUUAAUGCAGUGCAAAAUGUAAAAAACAGGUAAAACAACUGUAAAGAAUGAAUACGGAAAAUUCUUCAUAUUAAUACAGUAUACUGUGCCUUAUUUUUACGGAUUUUUUUACAGUUGCUUUAAAGUAAAUUAAUUUAGUUUAUUACAGAGUUUUUGCUUUAUUUUUUUAUUUAAAGUAAAAUAAUCAGAAAAUUGUAAAACCUUUGCAGAAGGGGUUCAUUUGACCAGGUUUGAACUAUUUGUUCCUCAUUAUUAUAUUUGUCUCACUAGUGGGGUAAAAAGGAAAUAUUCCUUAAGGUGUGCCUUUAGCGCCGUUGUACCCUAAAACUAUUUAUGUAGGUUUAUAACAAUAGAAACGCUGUUCAGCGGUUAAUGAGAUGAUGGAUUUCUGUGAAGCUGAUUUCAUGCGUUCACUGAAAUUCAAGUGAAGUGUCCAGCAUCAUUUGUUUGAUGGUUUGCUUUGAUAUUUGAUCUCAUUGAGAGAUGUUUAUAAGUGUGACUUUAUAGAUCAGAUGAUGUGUGUGAAUUGUCUUCAAUCUUUAACCGAAUACAAUCUUGCUCUUCGUUAUUAAGAGAUUGAAUAUACCAGCAGUUCUCAUGAGAUGUUUAUACUGCAGUCGUUGAGCGACCUCUCCUGGUGAAUCUGAUGCCGACUGAAGGUUUUUGCACAGAUAGUUAGUUAUUGGUCAUUUGGUCUUGAGAUGCCGGACACGUCUGACCUCUGGGCAUCUUAAGAUGGUUUACCUGCAAAUCAUGUCAGCACAUGGAUUUCAAUGGUUAAAAUGAUGUUUUUCAUUCCAAUUGUAUGUGUAGUAACAUUUGAAUUUGUGUUGCUGAGCCUGACCCUAAUGCCUGCCGAGACUAUCAAAUCACGUCAAUGACAAAUGUAUGGAGCUGAAAAUAUUGUGACGUAUGCACUCCUUAUAAUCAUCAUGUGCUGUUUACAAAUGAAUGCCUUUGAGGAAUUGUGAUCGUAAAAUAUGAAUUUAUUAUAUAUGAACGUUUGGUGUAUGACAACUUGAAAAUAAAUGUCGUGGUGCUUGAAAGAACUCAGAAACCAACACAUUACACUUUUAAAAAGGUGCUUCACGAUGCCAUUGAAGAAACAUUUUUUGCUGAAUGCUUCCAUAAAGAACUUUAUCCAGAGGUAGUGGAAAAAUAUUCUUUAGAUUGUAAAGUGAUUAUAGAUUAAGAUUAUAAAUGGUUCUUCUAUGUCAUCGCUGUGAAGAAUCUUUUUUAAGAGCGUAAUCUGAAGAACCAUUCAUCUCGAAAUAUAGGCAAAAUGAUUGCAUAGAUCCGUUGAUUUUAAAGAAUAAAAAACAAAAUGUAUUUUUUUUUCUGUGUUGUUCUAUGCAUCCACGUGUGCUAUUGUGGUGAAUGCAUGUGCAGAAUGUACUGUAAUGAUAAAUGCUGUUAUCAGACCACUGGAAGGUUUGGUUUUAACGUUAGGGAAAAAAAUGUUUUCAUAGGAAACUCAUCACUGACAUUCUUUAUGACCUCAUUUUAUGUUUUGACAAUCUGUAGUUUGUUUUUAAGCACUUAUGUGAUUUUGUUUUCUUUCUUGUUCUGGUUCUUUUUGAAAUCCACCUCUUAAACUUCACAGUGCUGCUAAAUCAUUUGUAUGUUUAAUUCUGUCCUCAAGCUGAACUUUUAUUGCAAUAAAAUGUUGCUGUGCCUCUGCUCUA